AGAAACAUCGCAAAUGUCAGUGAAAACAUCGCAAAAUCAGCUGGCAAUGAGAAAAAAAAUAUUGUGCACAAAAGAAGGGAUGAAAAUCGUGGAAAAAGGGUGGAAAAAGUGCAAAUAGUGUGUUGAAUUGUGAAAAAAUGUGGACGGUGUAGUGUUGGUGAGUGAUUAGAAUGGGAUCACAGACGUUGGAGAUACUGCGACAGGGUGUUUGGGCAUCACUAACUGGUGGAUGGUUCUACGAUCCGCACCAGAAAGUCUCCUGCAACGCCAUCCACCUCUAUCUCUUCCUCUUCCUCCUCUGUACACCCCUCGUCACGUACAUUUAUUUCACUGCAACUGUGACCACAUGGGCUCUCUACAGCAUCUCCGUGGCCUUCCUGGUCACGGUGCUCAAGAUCAUCAACAUGGCCUUGCAUGGGAUGUACGACAAAGCUCAGGCAACGUCCGACCUCAAUCGCAAUUCCAGCAUUGCGAGUCCCUGCAAGAUUCUCCAGAUGAAGGACGAGGAUGUGGGCAUAGAGAUGCAGGUGCUGGGCAAUGAUUUGUCCUCCAGGGUGUCCAUUGAGAAUCAAAGUGAUGACCAGAGUUGUGCAAACAGUGCAUUUUCCGUUGAUUAUCCAGAACAAAUUGCCAGUACAAUAGAUUUCAAAGUAGACGUCCACCGGAAGAACAGCUCGGAAUCGAACGAGAGCAUCGGUCUCUACAACAGUAGUGUCCUCCAAAGUUCCGUUGUAGUGGCACAUAGUGCCGAUGUUUGUCCCACUUCCUCUUACGGCCCCGAAAAACUUGCACCGUCGAAAUCUUUUGAUUCGGCAGAUGCUAAAGCUGAUACCGAAGAGAUCAAGGAGGCCCCUGAACCCAGAGCCUUCAUCCAGCGUCAGGGGUCCUUGGAUUCUCAAGAGGUUCGCCUGGAUGGAUCGGACAACGAACGUGAAGUGUCUCCGGUGAAGUUACAGAGGCAUAGAAGCACAGAUAACAGCAAAACAGCCAGGAAGAAUAUGUCUAACAUGUCCCUAGGUUGUAUCCAUCCCAAUAACUGCUAUAUUUCCACACACGGAGGACAACUGCAGAAUUUAGCUUCGUAUCUGUGCCUGGAGAAUGAUUACACAACAAAGUCAGAACUUGCUAUUGAGAACAUCUCAGCAGCUGAUUUGAGUGGCAAAGUCUAUCUGAUGCAUCAUCAUCCAAAUGCUCAGAUGAGACGAGAUUCCAAUUCAACGAUGUCAGCCAUUCAGUUGCCCAUUGCUGGAUCGUCAAAGGUUAAAGUUCUGCCUAGUUCUGUGAUUAGUGUACGGAGGAUUAAGAGUGCAGCUAUUGAAUCUUCCCCUCAUCCUCUGGCUCCCUACAUUCCCCCUCAGCCCAAUAGCGUUGAAGUCAUCGGGGGACAACCACUGAGGAAUCCCCAUCAUGUAGUUCUUCCACCACCUAGCAAAAGCUUGUCGAGAAAUCCUCAUCUCAAUCUCUGUCCGAAGGAUCCAAAGGCCGAACAGUUGGUGUAUCCGAUCGCGGAGCAAGCUGAUGAGGCUCACAUGCGGCCUGCUUCGGGAUUCGAUAGCAGCAGCAGUGAUACGGAGGACAAUGAACCCGAGGAGGAAGAUAAAAGAGAACUUGGUCAGGAGGAGAAGAAGCCAACGGACGAAGAGGAGGCGAAGAAUGUCCAAGAAGGUCACUCAACGACAACGGAAAGUGAAUCGGACAUUGAGAGGAUUCAAGCGCAGUCAACGGAUUCUGAUACCGAGAACAAUGGUUCGAGGUCGCCGCUUCUAGAGUUCCAUAGGAUAUCCAUUGAGAAUGUGGAGGAAAAAGGUUCUGGGAUGCGUCAUCGUAAGGGUAACAACGGCAGCCUCAAAGGCGAAAGUAAGAAGGAAGACGCGUCGUUUUCGCGUGGAAACGUACGAUUUGAGCAAUCAAGCAAAGACGGGAGCAAAAGUAGUCCGUUCAGUGACUGGGAGGAAGCUAGUGCUAGUUCGAAGGAUAUGCUGCUAACAACGUCCCGGGAGAAGCCGAAGAAUCCCAUCUGGUUUGACUUUAGCAUGGAUGCAAACAACAUAAGUGUUGAUGUUACAACUGAGACUGACGAUGGCGCUCGAGAGUUUAGUCGAAGUCCGGAGAUCUCAACGGCUGAAGAAGAUCGAAGUGCCCCAGCAAGUUCAACGGCAGCAGGAAGAAAUCUCGGAGCGAUACCGAAGAUGGGCAGAAGAAUGAGUGCUGGAGUCGAUGAAUAUCCACUGAUAACACAUAGUCGUGGGGUGAUAAGACGUCCAACGGCUCCGGUGGACGUUUCAGGAGGACAAACGCCAAUUUUGACGUUCUUCAACUCCCGAUCGGACUACCAUAUGAUGAUGUAUGGGCAACAGUUGGAGUAUCCUAUGGCUAAUCUAUCAAAUUUCCGACCAAGAAAUCUCGAUGGAGGAUUCCAUCAUCAUGCAACACAACCGAAAGUUAAGAGGUCGCGCGAGAGAAGACAAAAGUCAUUUGACAAUUCGAUGGGAGGAGGCGGAAGGAGUACAGGAAGUGAAACGAAUUUCAGUGGAAAUCAGCGAGAGAUGGGAUUUGACAGUGGAACAAUUUGCGAAAAUCCAGUGAUUUCCAUUUCAAAUUCUCUUUCCAUGCACGAUUUUAUGGAUUCAUCAUCCAUUCCGCAUGGUUUCGACAAGUCCCUCUCUAGUCGUCCGUCAGUUCAGGCGGCCAUCUUGAGUAUUGGAAGAGUUGAGCUCAAUGAUGACACUUUUGGUGAGAUGAGCCGAUUCUAUCUGGACAAUACUAAACUCAAACCUAUGCCAAAGUACUACAAAUUUUCGUUGAAUUUUGUGGGUAAGCAUACCUUCAAAAUUCACAUGGAUAGACUGCAGUUGCUGGCACUCUUUGACAGGGACACAUCAUGGUGUCAAGUUGUCUUAGCUACUGUUUUGACAUUUCUGGUGAGUGUCUUGGGUGCACUGGUUCUUCAUCUUGGUUUCUACGAGGACAUCUUUGCCUUUAUCUUUUGCUUCGUGAUUGCCGGAAGUCAGUAUUCGCUGAUCAAGAGCGUUCAACCGGAUGCAGCCUCGCCAAUUCAUGGUUUCAACAAGACAGUUUCCUAUUCCCGUCCUAUCUAUUUUUGCCUCUGCACCAUUCUACUCAUAGGGGCCCAUCAUAUGGCCCAGGAGUUGUCACCAUCAUCAUCAUCUCAUCUUGAUCUCUUCGGUGUCACUCUGCAUUCGCGUGAAUUCUACCAAAUGGUCGAAUAUAUCCUCUCUAUUGUCCUUCUUGCCUUUCCCAUCCUGUUUAGUUUGGGCCUCUUUCCGCAAAUCAAUACCUUCCUCAUGUACUUCCUGGAGCAGGUGGAAAUGCAUGUAUUCGGUGGAAAUGCUGUAUCCAAUUUGACAGCUGCCUUCUUUGCCGUUCUCAAGUCCAUCCUGGCCUGCGUGAUUCUCUACGGGCCGGCCUAUGGGGGUUUGAUUGAGCCACAGGGCACUCAACAUGUCAUGUUCUCAAUCUUCUGUGCCCUCCUCAUUCCCAUUGCCUAUCAUUUGUCACGCACAGCCAGUGACUUGACGUACAUCUGGCUACUUAUAAAGUCCAGCAUUCAGUUGCAUUCUGAAGAGGAUGAGCAUGAGAGUGUGACUGAAACUAAGAAACCAUCCACCAGCGAGUCUAACUGCAGUAGUGGAGGAGAAGCACCGGCAGAAAGCCCGGGAAGCCCUACUAGGGAGGAUGUAAGCACUAACGACAAUAAGACUGAUGUAAAUAGCAUGGAUACUCAUCCACCCCAGCCAACGGUAGUGUCAUCGUCAACGGGGCAGCCAAAUGUGGUGACGGAGGGAGAAUUAGUGGAUCCGUUGCCUAAAAAGAUGCAGAGCACGGUGAAUGCACGUCUGAAGCACGAUCUGCUCGUGUGCUGCGUUCUGGCCGUCAUCUACCUCGGUCUUCACUGUAGCACAGUGUUCACCGUACUUCAGCCGGACCUCAAUACCGUCCUCCAUAGAAUAGCUGGUAUAUUAGGAUUGUUGCUGCACUAUUUAGUGCCGCAAAUGAGGAAGCACUGGCCAUGGCUCUGCAUGUCACUGCCAAUUCUCAGGCAGCGCGAAUUUGGGCAGUUUGAGCCGCGUGGUGCGGCCGAAGUGAUGUGGUUUGAGCAACUUGUGGUGUACUUGUGCAUGCUGGAGAGAAAUGUACUGUAUCCAAUUGUCUUCCUCAGUGCUCUUACCUCGGAUUCCAUGAGGAUCGUGGGAAAGUUUGGCAUAGGCCUGGGAACUAUUUUAGUGGUCAUGUGUGGACUUAAAUGUGUUCGAAGUUCUUUCUCAGAUCCUGGAAGUCAGUAUUUGAUCCUCAUCUUUACUGUAUUGUUUUUUCGCUUGGACUAUAUCGCAUCAAGUGAGACUUUUCUCAUCAACUACUUCUUCGUUUCCAUUCUGUACAAGAAGACUUGCGAUUUUCUCCUUAAGGUGCAAUUCAUUGUGACUUACAUCGCUCCAUGGCAGAUAACUUGGGGUUCGGCUUUUCAUGCCUUUGCCCAGCCCUUUAGUGUUCCCCAUUCGGCGAUGCUAUUCCUUCAGGCGGGUAUCAGUGCGGUUCUGUCUACUCCCUUAAAUCCCUUCCUUGGUAGUGCAAUCUUCCUGACGUCAUAUGUGAGACCAAUCAAAUUCUGGGAACGAGAUUACAACACUCGACGCAUCGAUCAUUCAAAUACCCGCCUCAGUUCACAGUUGGAACGGGAUUUGGGAUCAGAUGACAAUAAUCUCAAUAGUAUCUUCUAUGAGCAUUUAACAAGAUCCCUUCAGCAUUCGCUGUGUGGGGAUUUGCUUUUGGGCAGAUGGGGCAAUGUUAGCCAAGGAGAUUGCUUUGUGCUAGCAUCGGACUAUCUCAAUUGUCUGGUGCAUAUAAUAGAACUGGGGAAUGGACUGUGUACGUUCCAGAUGCGUGGCCUUGAAUUUAGGGGCACAUAUUGUCAGCAGAGGGAAGUAGAAGCGAUCUCGGAGGGUGUUGAGGAGAAUAGAGACUGUUGCUGUUGCUCACCUGGGCAUCUUCCUUACAUCCUCAGCAUUAAUGCCAUGUUCUCAACUCGUUGGUUGGCUUGGCAAGUGGUAGCAGCUCAGUAUAUUCUCGAAGGAUACUCAAUUUCAGACAAUUCUGCCGUAGCAACGUUGCAAGUCUUUGAAUUCCGACGGGUUCUCAUAACCUAUUACGUUAAAAGCAUCAUAUACUAUACCAUUCAAUCUCCAAAGCUAGAUGAAUGGCUAAAUUCUCAGGCCAUCCAGGAAGCUCUUCAGAUCACAACUGAGCGACAGUAUGUGGAUUUAGAUCCAGUAUUCAAUCACAAUUUGGAUGAGGAUUACGAUUUUCGAACAGCAGGUAUCACCAGAAAUAGCUUCUGCAGCGUCUACUUGGGCUGGAUACAGUAUUGCUACAAGCAGAAGAGGAAGAGGGAUGCCAAUGGUGCAUCCUCUGUUCCAUCUUCAGCAGCUCAGUCACAAAAUCUCUCGGACAACAAUAAAAUGAAUAGUCACAAAGAGUCCAAGGAGACUUCGAAAAACAACGAGGAACCAUCACAUAUUGUGACCAAAGAUUCAGCUCUGGUGUCUCUGUGUCUAGCCCUGGGAAUCCUAGCUAGACGCACACUCGCCACGGCUAGUCAUAGUUCCUCGAGUGGAGUGGAAUUCUUCCUGCAUGGCCUACAUGCGCUGUUCAAGGGAGAUUUCCGGAUAACUUCGCAUCGGGAUGAAUGGGUGUUUGCAGAUAUGGAUUUGCUGCAGAGUGUUGUAGCUCCGGCUGUCCGGAUGUCCCUGAAAUUGCAUCAGGAUCAUUUUCAAAAUCCUGAUGAUUAUGAGGACAAGGCUGCACUGUACAAGGCCAUCAGUAUUCACACGCAGGAAUUGGUUAUAUCGCAUGAGGCAGAUCCUCUGUGGAGGAAUGCUGUUCUCAAGGGUGUUCCCAAUCUCCUGGCCUUGCGGCAUGUGAUGGAAGAUGGAUCGGAUGAGUACAGGGUCAUUCGUUUGGCGAAACGAUACCUCAGUUUCCGGGUGAUUAAGCUCAAUAGGGAAUGUGUGAGGGGAUUGUGGGCUGGACAACAGCAAGAAUUGAUUUACCUGCGAAAUCGCAAUCCUGAACGUGGAAGCAUUCAAAAUGCCAAACAAGCUCUCAGGAAUAUCAUCAAUUCGUCCUGUGAUCAGCCCAUUGGGUAUCCCAUCUACGUGUCACCGCUCACCACGUCGUACGCUGAGACCAAUGAACAGCUUUGCAGUGUUGUAGGUGGCUCUGUGAGCGUCAAGAAGAUCAAAAAUCUCAUCUUCGAUGUGUGGAGUCGAGUUAGGCAACGCUGCAGGGAAGGAUGUAGCAGCGGAAGUGCCAUUGACAGUGACAUGGGGGACAUUCAGGGUGUCUACUACAAUGCACAGGUGCCUCACAGCGUCACCACAAUUGGCGGUGUGGGUGGAAUAAGUUCCGGAGGAGGUGGAACAUUGGCCUAUGGAAGUCAGAAUUUGUCCGUGAGUGGAGCUACGACACGUGGAAGUCUUGCCAGCAUGGGAAAGCCCACGAGCUCGACCCUGCUGGCGGGAAUUCUCAACAGAGAUCGCGAUAUGGAGCGAGAAGCCGUCCGGAGUGGCACCAAACGAGCCUCCAGUCAAUCGAGGAUCAGCGAAAGGGAACGCAGAGCAACUCUGCCAGCCACGUCUUCUUCUUCAUCCAGCACGCGUGACGUCUGCAGCAAGGAGAUCCUCAUGGGCAGCACAAACUCUUGCCUGAAGCACCAGGAAUCACUGGAUUUCUGCAGUGGAGCCUCUUCCAAUUCCAAGAGCGCAAAUCUCAACACGUGGAAGAGCAACAGUCGCAAAAAAUCACUUUCAGUGGAGUCACGCGAGGCCAGGCAGAAGUACGGGGAGUCCAGCAGAAGUGCAGAGCGGGAGGAUAUUGCUCCUCCGGCCAAUAUUCCCCUCAACAAGAAGGUCAUCAUCGUGGAUGCCGGAGAGAUCUAUGACUGCCUAAACCUGGGUCGGCGCAUUGAUGUGCUGUGGCCGAGUGAGGAGAUGCGAUUGAGUGGUGGUCGCUCAUCGUGGCGUGAAUGGUGCCCUCAGGAGGGCAUGGUGGGCAUUGUCAGGCAUUACUGGCAGCCGAAUCAUCCGGACAGCAAGUUCCGUUCCAAUGUCAAUCGGACACUGCUGUUGAUUCAGAUCGGAGAGCAUUAUGUGCCGGUAGGGCAGAAUGGAGUAAAGGAGUACAACAUGAUCAAGGGGGAGUCUGACAGCUCCUCCAUCAAUUCGGUGCUCGUGGGAGGCGACGAGGGUAGCAAAAGUGUAGUGAGUUAAAAGUCACACAAAUCAACACAAAGAUUCUUGAAAGGAAAAAAAAAACUUUAAAUGAAAUUACUAGAGAAUUUAUUUAUUGAGACAAAGAGAUAAAAAAGAGGAGAGAAAAUCUUAUUUAAAUUUAUUAACAUAUGUAUAAAAAAAUGUACAGAAAUCAUGUUCAAAGUCUAGUUAAUACAUAUGUUAAAAAAUA